AUGGCUGACAACGAAGCAGGCCUCAAGGCCCAGAUUGCUGAGAUGCAGCAAAAACUCGACCAGCUGAAGGCCACGCCUACGUCGUUCAACUAUGACGCCUACCAGACCUCGUUGACUGGGCGCUACUGUAGCCCGGAGAUGUCCAAACUCUUCAGCCAACGUUCCCGUCACUCGACCUGGCGCAAGCUUUGGCUGUACCUUGCCGAGAGCGAGCAUGAGAUCGGCAUCGAGACCAUUACGCCGGAGGCCCUAGAGCAGAUGAGGGCUCACCUCGAAUUGACUGACGCUGAUUUUGAGGUUGCUCGGGUGGAGGAGAAGAAGCGCCGCCACGAUGUCAUGGCCCAUGUCCAUGCCUUUGGGGCUGUUGCACCAGCAGCAGCUGGCAUCAUUCACUACGGAGCAACAAGCUGCUACGUCACUGACAACACGGAGCUGAUGCUCAUGAGAGACGGUAUUGACCUUCUUCUCCCGAAACUAGCAAAGGUUAUCUGGAACUUGGCGCAGUUCGCCAUGCAGUGGAAGGCAGAGCCAACUCUGGCAUAUACUCAUCUCCAGCCUGCCCAGUUGAUCACUGUUGGAAAGCGUGCUGCACAAUGGGCACAGGACCUCAUGUUUGAUCUGGACAAUAUCGAGCAUGUUCGAAAUGAACUCAAGUUCAGAGGUGCUCAGGGAACUACUGGCACUCAGGCAUCCUUCAUGGAAAUCUUUGGUGACGACACCGCCAAGUGCGACAAGCUUAACGAGCUGCUCUGCAAGAAGACCGGCUUCUCAGAGUGCUAUGAUGUCUCAACUCAGACAUACACGCGCAAGGUUGACCUGAUCGUUGCCAAUGCCAUUGCAGGUCUCGGGUCCACUGCCCAGAAGAUCGCUGGUGAUAUUCGCCAUCUGGCAACAUUCAAGGAGAUUGAGGAGCCAUUUGAAAAGGACCAGAUUGGAUCGUCUGCCAUGUCUUACAAGCGCAACCCAAUGCGAUCUGAAAGAAUCUACAGUCUCGCUCGCGAGCUGAUGUCAAAGCCGGCAAGCUUUGCCGCUACUCACUCGGAUCAGUGGAUGGAACGCUCAUUGGAUGAUUCCGCCAUCCGCCGCAUGGAUAUUCCGGAGACCUUCCUUCUUGCAGAUGCAAUCCUUAUUGGCCUUGACAACGUAUCCAAUGGAUUGGUCGUGUACCCCAACCGUGUCAACGCCCGUGUUCAGGAGGAGCUCCCAUUCAUGAUCACCGAGAGCAUCAUUAUGAAGCUGGUUGCGCUAGGAGAGUCGAGGCAGGAGGCUCAUGAACAGAUCCGUGUUCUGUCACACCAAGCUGGCCGCUCCGUAAAGAAUGACGGCAAGCCAAAUGACUUGGUAGCCAGGAUUAAGGCCACAGAGUUCUUCAAGCCAAUCUGGGUGGGACUCGACGACAUGCUCAAGGCGGAGCUGUAUACCGGCCGCAGCGUUGAAAUUGUCGAGCGCUUCUGUGCAGAGGGAGGCGUUUUGGACAAGAAGAUCAAGCCAUACAAGGCAUUCAUCGAGAAAGCGACCACGGCCGAACUUAACGUCUGA